AUGGGUAGGAUUCCUUCACUUCCGAUCGAUCUAUGUUUGGCUUUUUGUUUCCAUCAGACAUUAACCACAAUCAUCAGGCUUUCAAAAUGGGGCACGCUAGACUGUCCAACUUUCCCCAAUUUUCUUGAUUCGAAUCCAUUACCCGGGGGAUUUCCGUGGGGGAUUCGAGAAGACCACCAGAAUGAUCCAUAUACGACGGCCCCAAAUACGGGAGUGACGAGAUACUAUGACUUUGUCAUUUCGCGGGGGAUCAUGUCUCCUGAUGGUUACGAGAAGAGCGGCAUCUUUGUUAAUGGUCAGUUUCCUGGCCCUGCGAUUGAAGCCAACUGGGGAGACACGAUUGAGGUGAGAGUACACAACAACAUCACCGGUCCCGAAGAAGGUACUGCCUUUCAUUGGCACGGUAUUCCUCAAAAGGGAACCCAAUACGCCGAUGGCGUUCCUGGCGUGACCCAAUGUCCCCUCGCUCCAGGCAAGUCCUUUACCUACCGAUUCCGCGCGAGUGUGUAUGGGACUUCUUGGUGGCACUCCCACUACUCCGCCCAGUAUACUGCAGGAUCUGUGGGCCCCUUGAUUAUCUACGGACCCAAUCAUGUCCCCUAUGAUGUAGAUUCUGGCCCAGUGCUACUCGGGGACUAUUACCAUUCCGAUUACUUUGAUGUCGUGAAGGCCGCCACUUCGAACACAUCCGAUUUCAACGUCUACGUGCCCUGGUCGGACAACAACUUGAUCAAUGGCAAGAACAACUACAACUGCUCGAUGGCUACAGGCAAUGCAACCUGCGUCUCGAAUGCGGGGCUGUCCCAAUUCCGAUUCGAGCCCGGAAAGACUCAUCGUCUGCGAUUGAUGAACGUUGGCGCCGCUGCAUUGGUUCACUUUAGCAUCGAUGGGCACAAGAUGCAGGUUAUUGCUAAUGAUUUUGUGCCGGUGGUACCCUAUGAAGCCGACUUCGUUACCCUCGGGGCUGCCCAGCGCACCGAUGUGCUGGUCACGGCCGAUGCCGAUCCCAAAGAGACAUACUGGAUUCGAUCCACCAUUUCCAAGAACUGCUCUGUGACUCACACUACGGAAGCUUUCGCGGUGUUGUCUUAUGCCGGUAACUACGAUGUUGAGGUGCCCAAAAGCAAUAUCAGCGAGGCGGCUGCCGAGGCUGACCGUGACGAUUUCCUAUGCAAGAAUGAUGAUCUGGAGAAGACUGUUCCGUUCUUUCCUAAGCCGUUGGACCCAAAUCCAGAUUCUGUAGAAACCAUUGAAGUGGAUCUCUUUACCAACGGCACAGGCCAGCAUGUGUGGAUCAUGAACAACCGAACUCAACGAACGGAUUACAACAAGCCAAUCUUGCUGCUGGCAAAUAAUGGCAACUUCUCGUACCCCGAUCCAGAGUGGAAUGUUUACGACUUUGGCUCGAGCAAGACUAUCCGCAUCGUCCUCAACACUGUGUACCAGUCGGCGCACCCCAUGCAUCUUCAUGGCCACUCGUUUCAAGUCAUAUCUGAAGGACCGGGUGCUUGGGAUAACAAAACUAUCAUCAACCCCGAGAACCCGGCACGUCGUGACACGCACAUGCAGCGCCGAUACGGGCAUCUGGUAAUACAGUUCGAGGCCGACAACCCUGGCGUCUGGUCAUACCACUGUCACAUUGCCUGGCAUGCGAGCUUGGGCUACAACAUCCAGAUUCUUGAACGUGGAGAGGAAAUUCGUGAUAUGGAGAUUCCCUUCAUCAUGCAACAGACGUGCGAUGAUUGGGAUGAGUGGUCCGACCAUAAUGUGGUUGAACAGAUUGAUGCCGGUAUUUAG